CACAAAAUUAUGCAAUGGUUUGCCUUUGUCCUCCUGGCUCACUAAAUCAAAACCAAUAAGAUCUUUGGGAAACAUUGAACUUGCACAACAUAUGAUUUACAAACAAAUCAAAAACCCUACAAAUUGAAUUGUAAAAUUUAACAAAUUGCACCAGUGAACUUGACAAUUGGAUGCGAUGAUAACGAAAGUGCAAUGCUGCUGCUGCCAUACAUUCAUUGCUGAGUCGCACCUCAACAUCGGACGCCUAGUAUCAGCUCAGCUCAGCACAGCCAUGGCAAUAAUUUGCCACUGCCAUCACUAUCACCGCCAUGGACCUGCCCAUUAUAAUCGUCAUCAUCAUCAUCAUCACCAUCACCCUUCUUAUCCAUCAUUCGCACAUUAGUCCCAGAGUGUCGCUUGCAUGUAUGAAACCCUAGCGGGAAUCUUAUAAAUGUUGGGUGAGAAUGAAGCGCCCCCACCAACAACCAUGAAUGGAUGCCAUUAGUGAUAAGCUUAUGAUGCUCUUCGAGCCAAGAUAAUGGAAGCUGAGCGUGCUUCUUCCCUAGGAGGCAAUGUUUGGUUAUCCUCAGCAGAGGAGAAAGCCAAUAGCAUACUAAUGAAUGCAAAGAAGGAAGAGAUUAACGAAGGCCUCAAAGAUCCCACCAAAUAUCCACCCUCAAUGCAUUUCUUUCAAGGCAAACAAUUUCUGCGGCAAAGUGAGGUAUUCCGUAUCAUACAAAAAAUGCCCAAAGGUGCUUUGCUGCAUGCCCACAACAAGGGUAUGGUCUCCUCGAAAUGGGUCAUAGGAAAUCUAACGAAUCUCUAUAAUUUGUACACCUGUCGAGAUGUUAGUGGGUUAUUGAUAUUCACCUAUGAUCAGGCUCAGUGUCAUAGUGAAAUAACCAAUGUGUGCCUGGAACGAGUCAAUGCUGAGGAUAAACGUGUCUAUGAGAAGCGUUUGGAAAAACACAUCAGUAUGUACACCAUGCAUCCGGAAUCUAUGAUCACCGAUACCCGUAAAAUAUGGAAACGUUUUGAGAAUAUUUUCGUGUCCAUGGAUCAAAUGUUUAAAUAUCAGCCUGCCUUUUGUAACUAUCACAAACGUUUAUUGGAGGAACUGUGUGAGGAUAAUAUCAUCUACGCUGAAAUUAGGGCAUCCCUUUCGCCGCUAUAUGGAGACAAUAAUCGCACCUUUAAUUCAUUGGAAGUAGCAACGGAAUUAGAGAAAAUUGUUGAAAGUUUCAAGGUAAAGCAUCCAGACUUUUUAGGCCUGAAAAUCAUUUAUGCCAAGCGUAAUAAAGGUACAGUGGAUGAAAUGGCUCAGCGUAUAAUGACUUUCAAGCAAUUACACAAUGCUAAGCCAAAUUUCAUUAUUGGCUUCGAUUUAAUAGGCAAUGAGGACACAGGAGAUCCUUUACAAAAAUUUGCCAAUGAAUUAACGGAUUUGCCGCCAACAGCGAAUUUCUUUUUUCAUGCAGGAGAGACAAAUUGGUAUGGCAAAUCCGAUUGGAAUAUGAUGGAUGCUUUGCUGUUGAAUACAAAACGUAUUGGCCAUGGUUUUGCUUUGCCCAAACAUCCGCAAUUAUGGUCCACCAUUAAGAAGCGUAACAUAGCCAUCGAAGUCAAUCCCUUGUCAAAUCAAGUUUUGGGCUAUAUCUGGGAUUUAAGAAAUCAUCCUGCCUCGUUUUUGAUAGCUGAGAAUUUUCCCAUUAUUAUUUCUUCCGAUGAUCCUGGACUGUGGAAUGCUAAGGGUUUAAGCUAUGAUUUUUAUUAUGCCUUUAUGGCCUUUGCUCCUGCAGAAGCUGAUUUGAGAUUUCUAAAACAAUUAGCUUUGAAUUCUAUAAAAUACUCCAUUUUAACUUCGGAGGAGCGACGUAAAAUCAAUCGCAUUUUCCAAAAGAAAUGGGAAGAAUUCAUCUAUAAUGUCAUUAAUAUGAAAUUUUAACUUAUUGUUGAUUAGUUUUAAUUUUAGGUGCCUCAAAUAUUACAAUAAAAAAAAAAAUAAAAAAAGUUCAAUAAAAUGGGAAA